CUUCCUUCUUUCCCUCCUUGGCGGUGCCGGAGCGCCGAGGCUCGAACCCGCCCCUUUCCCCUCCCCGCCUCUGCAGCGUGACUGAGCCGGCUGGCUGCUGCUUACCGCUAUCUCUCCGCCUCCCUUCUUUUUUAUUAUUUAUUUUUUGGUUUUAAUGCUGCCUCGGGAUCUAUCGCCACCUUAAAACCGCCUGCUGCUGAGUGCGCGCAAAAAGGUUGCACAAUGACGUCUCUGGAUGAAACAAUCAAUAGCUAUCUGGAUGUUUGGCUUGGACCCAGAGAUCCCAGAGUAAAAGGAUGGUUUCUCCUGACCAAUUACACACCUACCUUCAUCUUCACCGUCUUAUACUUAUUAAUCGUAUGGUUAGGACCAAAGUACAUGCGGAACAGGCAGCCGUUCACCUUCAGGGGUAUUCUAGUGGUCUAUAACCUCGGGCUUACGCUUCUGUCCCUCUAUAUGUUUUAUGAGCUGGUGACAGGAGUAUGGGAAGGCGGAUACAAUUUCUUCUGUCAGGAUACGCACAGUGGAGGUGAAGCUGAUAUGAAGAUCAUACGUGUCCUUUGGUGGUACUACUUCUCAAAGCUCAUCGAGUUCAUGGAUACUUUCUUCUUUAUAUUACGGAAAAAUAACCACCAGAUCACCGUUCUUCACGUCUAUCACCAUGCAACAAUGCUUAACAUCUGGUGGUUUGUUAUGAACUGGGUGCCUUGUGGCCACUCCUAUUUUGGUGCCACCCUUAACAGCUUUAUCCAUGUCCUCAUGUAUUCCUAUUAUGGGUUAUCGGCCGUUCCAUCCAUGCGUCCAUAUCUUUGGUGGAAGAAGUAUAUCACGCAGGGGCAGCUGACUCAAUUUGUCCUGACAAUCUUCCAGACAAGCUGUGGGGUGGUUUAUCCUUGUCCAUUUCCCCUGGGAUGGCUGUACUUCCAGAUAGGCUACAUGAUCUCCCUAAUUAUCCUUUUCACAAAUUUCUAUAUUCAGACUUACAACAAAAAGGCAGCAUCCAGAAGGAAAGAGUAUCAGAAUGGUUCCAUGGCUGCUGUGAACGGGUAUACAAAUAGCUUUUCUUCCCUUGAGAACAAUGUGAAGCAAAGAAAACAAAGGAAGGAUUGAAGACCAAACUGAGAAGCCAUUUUGAUAUUCCGGGCAACAACAACAACAAAAAUCAUCUGAUUGUAAGCACAAUAUGUGUUGUGCACUGAUAUAAUUCUUGACAGCUACUGUAGCUAUUCCUGCCUAGAAUAGUGUUGAUUUAUGUAGGACUUAACAAGUGCAAAACAUCCUAGAAACUAUCCAUAGGCUCAAGUUGAUGGUGUUGAUCAUACUGGGUGGUCACAGACACAAGUGUAAACUGUGGAAGGGAGUAUAAUUGUAGUAUGUGUGCAUAUAUCUAUAUAUAAAUACAUAGAUAUAUUCGUCACUGCAGUUGCCUUACUAGUCAAUAUGAUAGGUGCUGAAUUAUGAUUCACAAUUUCAAGACUGUAAUCCAAACUCAUAUUUUUUAACUGUAGAUAAUGCAUGUGAUUGUGAUUUGUACAACAAAGGUUUUUUUGUCUGUGUUAAGGUGUUUUUCCUCCCCCAGUAGUUUAAAACACACAUGCCUUAAAUUUGAAGUAAAGCAGGGCCCAAAACUUAAUACUGGUUUGAAAAUGUAUGGAAAUGUUUUGACUCUGGGAGCGACUUCUCAUGGGGCUGACACCCAGUUACCAAAUAGACAUGCUAUAGUGUCUGUUGUGAACGGUGCACAUGUGUAGAAAGAAUGGCUUUCCCCCUUCAAAAUGCUUCUUGGGUGGCAGCUGGGAUAAGACAGCUUGCACAUGCUCAUGUGCACUCUUGAUCAAUGAUGCAGCCUGUGUGUGCCCCUGUAUUUGAGGGUCCCAAGAACAAAAUGGACUGUUGAGAAGCCAUCCUAGAUGAGUUGGGCUCCUUUGGUGAGUCAUCUAGAAGUCUGCUCUGUGUUGCACUGAAGUUGGAGUAAUUCUCCCACACGUGAUCUUUUUGAAAUGAAAGAUUCACGGGAAAAGCUGGACUCUUCAUUUCAGUCACGAAUUGUGCAGGAGAAAGACGUUUGAUUGUGCUUACUGUCUUUUUAGUUCCAUUAUCACAAGUUUGCAGCAGUUUGGUGGUUCAGUUUGAUUUUGUCAACUAGGUUUUAAUUUGCAUAAGUGACGGGGAAGUUAAUUGGCACUUAAGCAGCAUCCGUACCUGAAUGCUGACUCUCUCCCCUUCUUUCAGCAUUAGAGAAUGCAAUGGGGGGGGGGAGAGAGACAUCUUACUCCCUUUAAAAAUCGACAUUCCCAAGUUGUAGCCUGUCCCUUUUAAAAUUGCCACAGAAGUGUGAGAUGAACCACCUGCGGCAUUUGUCUUUCCUAUCCUUCUGACCAGGAACUGUGUUGAAGCCACAGCUGGUUCAUCCCCCCAGUUCGUUAAAAGUUUAAAAGAUGUAAAAGUGAAUCUCCAGGUUGCAUCCUGGCCAGCCAACCAUUGACCUACCUGCAAUUUAACUGCAAAGCAGUUUUCUGACUGUUGCAGAAGUUGUGACAUGUCCACAUUCUCCAUUGUUUGACAAAACUCAGCUUGCAAUUCUUAGCUGGUGUUUUUCUUGCUGUUUGCAUAGCAAGCUUUGAGUCGGAUUCCAACAGCCACAGGUGGAAUCCCACUGGCAGAACAGGGUUUCCAUCACUUCCCUUUUUCUCAGAAAGCUGACCUGGAGUUGAGAGGAUCCUUGAGAAUGAUGAGGAUGGGGUUUGGCUUGUGGCAAGGAGGGCUACAGCUGAGGGAAAAUGGGGAGCUCCCUCAGAGCAAGCAGAGAUACUCUUCACUCAUACGGAGUCAGCCUUUGGAUCCAAACCAUUGACUUAAAAAAUGUGCCUAUAGCAAAGGGGGGUUUGUGUGUGUGUGUGUGUGUGUGUGUGGGUGGGUGGGUGGGUGGGUGUGGGUGUGUGUGUGCUGGAAAGUGUGCAAAUUGGGCCAUGCCAGACUUUUAUUGUUGUCUUGCGAAAAACCCUUGGAAAUAGGUUGGUGAUGAAUGUCUGUUUCUUAGUGUGUGUUGUGUAUUUCACCUGUACUUCCUCAGCCUGUUAAAAGUUUAUUAAGAAACUUGUAUAAAGUGUGUUGGAAACUUCCCCGCCCCCCCACACUUGCAAUGUCAUAAAGCAGGCACCUUUAAUGGAUAUACUAUGUAAUUUGGUGGAGUUUUAGCCUACUAACUUGUUGGUCAUUGAAAUUCAUUUGUCUCAAGCCAUCCUAUUGCUUCCAUCCCCCAAGUUUAUAUAUUAAGUAUAAUUUGAUAUUUAUACAAAUAUCAGUUUUACCAUGUUUUGCACAGCUGCUAUUGGGGGAACUAAUGUGUUUUCCCUAAUGGGCUCGCAUAUUAUUUUUAUUUUUUAUUUUUUGCUUGUUUUUGAAAUGAGAGGCAGAACCAGUUUAUGUUUGUCUGCUUUAUGUUCUCAAAGCUUGUGUGUAUGUAUGUGUCCUUGGUUUCUAGGUACUGAUUUGCAAAGUCUUUACAUAUUUCAUACAGCAGCUUCAUCAUUCAAAAUAUGCUGUCUAAACAUGUGUGCUAAAAAUAAAAAAACUAGCUUGUCUGAAAUAUUGACAUUGUCAACAUUUUGUGUUUUUAAUCAUUAAAUUGUUAUUGAGUA